AAUAUAUCAUAGAUUGUUUUUUAAGAAUUAUUAGUGAAAUUAAACUUUCUUAAACACUUAUCAAAUAUUUAACGCUUCACAUGGAUUGUGUAACUCAAUGUGUGAAGGCUGUGAUCGGAAGUAGUGAUGACGACGACGAAACAAACACAAACAUGAAAUCUCAGAAGUUGAUCAAAGUGAAAGCUAUUGUUACUUUGAAACAUAGUGAUGAUUGGCUCCUAAAGAAUCUUGUAGAUGGAGGGAUCCAACAGAUUGAAGAGUUAGUCGGAAAAACACUUGUUUUAGAACUCGUAAGUAAUGAGCUUGAUCAAGCAGCGAACUCCUCGGAGAAGGAGACGGUAAAAGGCUCGGCUCAAUGUAUAGAGGAAAAAGAGGACGACGAGCAGUAUGAGGCCGAAUUCGAGUUAUCCAAAGAUUUUGGGAAUGUUGGUGCUAUUUUGGUUGAAAACGAGCAACAUAAGGAGGUUUUUCUAAAGAGUAUAGUUGUUCAUGGUUUCUCUGAUGGCCCUCUCAGUUUCACAUGUAAUUCUUGGAUUCAACCCAAGCACGAUAGUCCUACGAAGAGAGUUUUCUUCACCGACAAGUCAUAUUUACCAUCUCAAACACCGAAAGGGUUGCGAAGAUUAAGAAAAGAAGAGCUGGUUUUACUGAGAGGGAAUGGGGAAGGAGAAAGAAAAGAAUCAGACAGAAUAUAUGACUAUGAUGUGUACAAUGAUCUUGGAGAUCCUGACACCAGCAUUGAACUCAAAAGACCUGUUCUUGGUGGCACAAAACAAUAUCCUUAUCCUAGACGCUGUCGUACCGGUCGAAAGCAUUCUGAUGCAGACCCGUUGUAUGAAAAAAGGAGUACUUUAAACUUCUAUGUUCCUCGCGAUGAGUCAUUUUCUGAAAUAAAGCAGACGCAAUUCAACACUUCUAGCAUAUCCUCAGGCUUGACUGCAGUUAUUCAAUCCUUAGACACAAUCCUUACUGAUCCAAAUCUUGGAUUUUCAAGCUUUGAAGACAUAGAAGAAAUUUUCAAAGAAGGAUUUCAUUUACCACCUCUUAGAUCCAAUGACUUAACGUUUCUCCAAAAGGUCAUUCCAAAGUUGAUUAAGGUUGCUAAUGAUAGCCAAAAUCUUUUGCGCUUUGAUGCCCCAGAACCAUUAAAAAGGGAUAGAUUCUUUUGGUUUUCAGAUGUGGAGUUUGCCAGAGAAACUUUGGCCGGUGCCAAUCCGUAUAGCAUCCAAUUGGUUAAGGAAUGGCCUUUGAAAAGUAAACUAGAUGCCAAAGUCUAUGGUCCACCAGAAUCAGCAAUUACCAGAGAAAUCAUCGAGUCACAAAUAAUCACUUAUAGCACAUUUGAAGAGGCUAUUAAGGAAAAGAAGUUGUUCAUGCUAGACUAUCAUGAUUUGUACUUACCAUAUGUAAGUAAAGUGAGAGAGAUUGAGGGCACAACACUAUAUGGAUCAAGGACACUAUUCUUCCUCACCAAUCAAGGCAUAUUGAAGCCAUUAGCUAUUGAGCUCACUAGACCGAUUAUUGACGGCAAGCCACAAUGGAAGCAAGUCUUCACACCUGCUUCUCAUUCCACCAAUCUCUGGCUUUGGAGGCUUGCCAAAGCUCAUGUUCUUGCUCAUGAUUCUGGUCAUCAUGAACUUAUAAGCCAUUGGCUAAGAACUCAUUGUGUUGUUGAGCCGAUAAUAAUUGCAACCUACAGACAACUCAGUUCCAUGCAUCCGAUUUAUAGAUUAUUGCAUCCACAUCUGAGAUAUACCAUGGAGAUCAAUAAAGUUGCUCGCGAAGUGCUUAUUAAUGCAAACGGGAUCCUUGAAAUAUCAUUCUUUCCUAAAAAAUAUACAAUGGAAUUAAGCUCUGUGGCAUAUGAUAAGCUUUGGCAAUUUGAUUUGCAGGCACUUCCAAAUGAUCUUAUCAAUAGAGGAAUGGCUGUGGAAGAUCCUAAUGCACAACAUGGCCUAAAGCUAGCAAUUGAAGACUACCCUUUUGCAAAUGAUGGUCUACUAAUAUGGGAUGCAAUCAAACAAUGGGUCACGGAGUAUGUAAACCACUACUAUCCAAACCCGAAAAUCGUAGAGUCUGAUGAAGAGCUCCAAGCAUGGUGGACAGAAGUUCGAACAAAGGGUCACGGAGACAAAUCAGAAGAACCAUGGUGGCCAAAACUCAAAACACAAAAAGACCUUAUUGACAUCAUUACCACUAUAGCUUGGGUAGCAUCUGCACAUCAUUCAGCUGUAAACUUCACACAAUAUCCAUAUGGAGGCUAUUUUCCAAAUAGACCAACCAUUGCUAGAAACAAAAUGCCUACAGAAGACCCUACAAAAGAACAAUGGGAAGAAUUUAUCAACAAACCAGAUCAAACACUUUUGGAGUGUUUUCCAUCACAAAUUCAAGCAACUAUAUUUAUGGUGAUUUUGAACAUAUUAUCAGCACAUUCACCGGAUGAAGAGUAUAUUGGAGAAAAGAUAGAACCAUCUUGGGGUGAGAAUCCAACUAUAAAAACAGCCUUUGAAAAGUUUCAUAGGAGAUUGAAAGAGAUUGAAGGUAUUAUAGACUCAAGAAAUGAAAAUAAGAAUUUGAAGAAUAGAAAUGGAGCUGGUAUAAUGCCUUAUGAGUCAUUAAAGCCAUUUUCAGGACCUGGAAUUACUGGAAAAGGAGUUUCAUACAGUAUAUCUAUUUAGAGUUUGGUACUUUUAAGCUUGAACAUGUAAAUAAAUAAAUAAUAAGUUGUUUGUUAUGUGUAUCUUUGAUCCUUAAUAAAAGAUAAUAAUAGCACAAGAGUUCUUCGUA